AUGGCUGCAAGCUAUCAAGCUACCGCCAUUCUUACAUCUGCGUUUCCCUGGGAGAAGUUACCUUUCGAGCUCCGGGCGCAAGUCUUUCAAGAGGUGGAUCGGCAAUACCUUCAAUCCAAGCAAGUUUCAUACUUCAAAUGGCGCCUUUCGAUGCCUGCAAUCGUUAUUGCUUUGAGACAGCGUCCUAUUAGUUAUUACCAUGCAUUGCAAUGGUUUGCAAAGGAAAACACACCUCUUAUCUUCGAUCUCGGUAUCUCGUGUGCGCUUGGAGACAUGAAUGACGAAGAAGCUGCUGUGAUCACGACAAUCUCGAUGGAGAUGAGCAAGCCCUUGUGUAAAAACACAGUCCGAUACAAUAAAACCGUAUGGCCGAAGUCCAGACUCCAAAAGCCUGUAGCAUUCACACAGCAGUUCCUCAGACUGGAGAAUCUGCGGGAAGUCCGCUUAAAUGUUGGGGACGAAAUGAGCGAUUCUGCUGGGUUCCCCACCUCCAACAGGGCAUUCAUCACGGAAUGGCCUUUCUGGCUUGAAGGAUGUAAAAAGUUGUCCAUAGUGGAAGUCACAGUCACAAUCAAAGACCGUAGUCAAGACGAACUAGCUCAACUAGCCUGGCGACAAACUGAGCGAGUCAUGGUAUCCCUGGUGAAGCAGAUUUCGAAGAAACUCGGCAUUGAAGGGAAGAAGGUUGACAUGGACGUAAGAAAUCGCCUCCACUACAUCUCUGAAUCUGAAGGAUCAGUCUGGCGUUGGGAAGCAGAGGAGGGACAGUUCAUGGACUGGAGUUGCGAGCUGGGUUGGUGGCAGGACUCGAAGAAGAACGCUCUUGAGGGGAAAGUUGACUUCUAGGGUGAUCAUCGCUUUGACGAUUUCGGCUUCGAAGAUGGGCGUUCUUUCCAAACUAUGUUCGUUACGAGUCUGUGGUUUAUCGAGAGAUGCAGGAAGAGAGGGAGCUCUGGGAAAUCUGAAAGCUUGAUGAUGGAGCCUAGGACUUGCUCAACUGUGGUCAGCCGAUCAAUAGACUCUUCUCACUUUUGCAUGUAGGCC